GGGAGGAGAGACAGCAGUGCGCAUGCUUACUACACGACGGUCAGUGUUCACGCGGGCUCAGGAAAAUAGGCGGCCAACGGUUCACGAAAUGGACGUCAAGUCAGGAAUUAGCUGAUAAAGAGAACCAGGGCAUCCCAGAUAAUUGUCAAAAUGGGGAGAAGCCGCGAGUCGUGUCGAUAUUGAAGUCUUCCCAAAAAGGAAACUGCCUUUUGGAGCCGAAAAAAUCGUCGAAAGUGUCCUUUAAAAAUUCUCCUGUGCGUCACACAAUCCCUUACAGCAAAGAAUUACUCCACUAUUGGGAGGAAAUUCGGAAACUUGACGAGGAGCAAAAUUGGACAGAGAGAACUCAAGUUGUAACCAAGGAAGAUCACAAACUGUACAUUGAUAUAGCAAGAGAGUUAGUUGACAAACUUAUAACUGACUUGCCCUGCUUUACAUGUAGUGAGCAAGCAACUACUGCAGCAAAUAUGACAACAAGUUCUGACCUCCCAGAAAUAAAUGCACCGGAAAUAUCCCCCAGUGAUGAUAUCAGUGAUGGGAGUGCAGCAUAUUUGGAUGCAGGUGAUGAUGAUCUAGAGGGAGAGCUCAUGUCAGACUUUUCAAAGCUUCAAAUCGAUAGCAAUGACUGUCCACGGACAUUUUCACCUAUCGGCAGUGAGAGGACAUCACCUGAACAAGAUAAUUUAAUGGAUAGCAAUGAAGACAUUGACAAACUCCUAGCUCCACAUGAAAAUGACAAUCUAGAAGACGAUGUGCUUUUAAUGGGAAAUACUAGAACGGAUAACUUGUUGAAGGAAAUAACAAGUGACGAACGCUCUUACAAGUCUGCUGGACUGUUUUCCGUGAAUCCCUCAGACCUUGAGAAUGAGUUCCAAGAGGAUCAAGCUCUUGAAGAUCUGGUCAGCAGUGAAAAGACUGUAGACAUUCAGGACUUGUUUGCAAAGGAUGCUGAAAAUCAACAAGAGGAUGACGAUCAGUUUGGAGAUGAUGCGUUUAAACCAGCUAGUGAAGCUAUGUGGGAACUUGACUAUCUUGAGCAGUGCGGCAAUAGUGAUAAAGACUUUGAAAUGGUAAGUGCUGAGUGCUUUUUGAAUUAUUUUUUUUUUUGUGUACAUUCAUUACUUGAAAUUAAUGACUUUCAACUUUCUGAAAUGCACAGCAAAGUUCAUCUCAUUCUCACAUUAGUACAACUUAAUCCUACAAUGUAUUAAUUUAAUCCAAAAAUUAAUUUGUUUUAAUCCUUUCUUUUAGCAGCUUCUGCAAUAAAAAAUAUCCUACUUUUAAGUGGAUUUAUUGACUCAUAUUAACUUGUGAUCUCUGUUCAUUAUCAUAAAAUUAAAGAACUCAUAAGAAGCAGGUUGUUCCUGUGCCUCAAAAAGAAGUGUCAAGUUCUUUAUAUCUACAGCUGUACCUGAGUAAAUAACAGUUACAUUGUUAAUACCUACUUGUCUGUUGUCUGGUAUAGCUGUUUUCACUUUUCAUUUGAAAAUUUUUUAUUAAGUAAAAUGUAUUAAGUAAAAUGUAAAUUUUAAUACCUGUACAUGUAAAGCUUUUGAGUAUCGUAUCAAUUUCUUCAAGCAGUGUUCUUUCAUUGUCUCUAAUCGAUGUAGACUACACUAGCCUAAUUAAGUUACAAGUAUGUCCAAAUUGUCAUGACAAAGUACUGUACCUGUUUUAUGGGUCUUUGAUUUCUCUUCAGUUUUGUCACCCUGUGUUUAUUACACUGUAGAUCCUGAAUGAUAUAAAUUUUAAGUGAUCUUCAAAUUGAAUUAGGCCACAAAAUUGUACAAUGAGAUCAUUCUUUGAUUCAAUUCAAACCCCUGCCAGACGAUGGUUAUGAAUUAUUUAUAAUGCCAUGGAGGUCUUUUCAGACAAAUUAUGUGGCCUGUCUCGGUUCUUAUUUUGAUGCUGCACUCUGCCUAUAUUGGCCAGUUUAAGGUAAAUAUGUCACACUUGAACACCUGCCAGGAUUGAUCUCAUUGACUGAAUAACAAGCAAAUAUAGUACAGACCUCACAAGUUGUCAGGCUUGGAAAAAAUAUACUGGUAAUUCCAAUUCAGUGAAAUUAAAUCACAAAUGAAGAAAAUCUUCGUUAAGAUUGCAGGUAAGUAAGUAGUUUAAUUUGUGUUCACAUGUACAAGACUUCUAAAUUUUGGCAAUCCCAGGAGCACUUAGAAGAUAUAUUAAGCAAUUAUCUCAG